AGCCGGCAGAGUUACCAGAUGCUCAGAAAAAGUAUACGUUUAAGAAACCAUUUAACCUCAGUCUUAAACGUUUUAAUCUAGAAGAGGAAGAUGUGGGGAAAAUCGAUGGUUACGGUGAAAAUGGUUUAAAAAUUCCUAGGACUGACUACGCAGUAAUGUUCUUUAUAACGGAUAAACCCACAUGGCUGCUGAUGGCCUGCUCUGUCUAGCAGAACUGCGCGCCAGAACGUUAUGCUUAACCCACACGACCAGCAGUCAGUCAGCCUCCCAUACGGAUACUCAGCAGGCGAAUAUGUAGGGAAGUCAGUAUUGUGUGAAUGGGCGAUAUAAUAUCCAUAUUUGCCGUGCUUCGUCCACAAGCUUCGUUAACUGGCGAUCGUCUCCACAAAUGUCCUCAUCUUGAACCAUUCGGGGUCUUCCCUCGGCGUCCGGGUCUCUCCCUGGGAACGGCAACAUCUUAAGGAUCUAAACCUAGCACUCCUCGUCACCAUGAGUUAUCCUUCGGUUCUGGAGCCGUACGCGGGCCUCAUUUCGACGAUCGGCCUGUGGGAGGACGUGGUGCCCUAUGUGGUGUGGGGCCACGUCCUCGUCUUCGUGUGCCUGCUGGUGGUGGCCAGCGUGGGCAGGAGGCUGAGGCUGCGGAGGAAGUAUGUGGACAUCCUGGACAGGGUGUUCCAGUUCGUGGCGGCGAGGACGGAAGAGCCCGGCCUCGACCAGGAGGACGAGGAGGACUUCGACGACGAAGGAGUGGUCAUCUGCCCGGAGUCCCCCCGCGCGGACCCCAGCCUCCAAGCGGGCACGUUCGGGCUGCAGGACUCGCUUCCGUACCUGACGGCGGGCAUGCGGGCCGUGGUGCAGGACUGCGUCAGCAAGAGCUUCACCUCCGCCGAACUGCGCACGUGGAACAUGCUGUCCAGGACGAAGCGGCAGCGGCGCCUGCGCAUGAGUCCCUCGAUGACGGCGUUCUGGGCGGCCGGCGUCGCCGCCGUGGGCCUCCUGCCCAACACCCGCUUCAAGAAGCGCGUCAACGCCUGGGUGGUCAGCUGGUGCUUCGACUUCGUGGCCGGCGCCAUCUCCGUCGUGGCCAGGUUCCACAACAAGGAGAACCGCCCCAACUACGGCAUCGCUGUCGCCAACCACACGUCUCCCAUCGACUCCAUGGUCCUCGCCACCGACCAGUGCUAUGACAUGGUCGGGCAAAAGGCAACGGGUAUCCUCGGCGUGUUCAUGACGGCGCUGUCUCGAUCCUCGACUCACAUCUGGUUCGAGCGAGGCAGUACUAAGGAGCGGGCUGCGGCGGCGGCAAGGUUACAGGCCCACGCUUCGAACCACAACCUUCCCCCAGUCCUGAUCUAUCCCGAAGGAACCUGCGUCAACAACACAGCCGUGAUGCAGUUCAAGAAGGGGGCCUUUGAGCCUUCUGGUACCAGGACACCUUCGGCCAGUACAUCCUGAGCAUGAUGACGUCAUGGGCCAUCGUGUGCGACGUGUGGUACCUUCCGCCCACGCGCAGGGGCCCCAGGGAGUCGGGGGCGGCCUUCGCGAGCAGAGUGAAGGGCUUAAUCGCACACAAAGGAGGCUUCGUGAAACUGGCUUGGGACGGAUUCGUGAAGCUUCAAACCACCAAGAACGAAGCUUGGGAGAAGAAACAGAAUACGUGGAAACAGAUGCAACAGAGAGAAUACGCGAAACACCUGAAUAAAGAUAGUGUGUGAGGAAUUUGGGGAAAAAGAGAAGAGGAAUAAAAGAGAUUGAGGAAGGGGAGGAUAAGAGAUAUGGAGAAAAUUUAAAGGGAGGAAUGAGGGAUAAAGAAAAAAAUAAGAGGAAAGAGUGAGGGAAGAGGGGUAAAUAGGAGAGUUACGAGUGAGGGAAAAUAUGUAAGUAGGAAUGAGGAAUAAGAGAAAAAGAGGUAUCAGGGGAAUGAGGACUGAGAAAAAACAAAAAUGGGAGAAUAAGGAUUGUGAGAGAGAUGAAAAAAGAAGGAAAUAAGGUUGUAAUGAGAGGGGACCUGUCAUAGAAAAUGGUUUAGUUUCCCUGAGCUGUCAAAGAAAACGGGCCUGUAUUUUUUUUUUCUCGCGUACACUAUGACAUUUUUAUCACCUUUGCACGUUAUCUAUGACUUAUUUGCAUUUAGUGAAGCGAUUAUCAUUAAAUAUCAAUUUGAUAAUUCACAAAUGUUAAGAAACGUACAGUACGUGCCUUCCUGGCUUCACUAGUGGGAAGGAUGGAAGAGGACCGCGGAAAAAAGAAAGAAGGGGGAGAGAGAAAAAGGGAAAAUGAACACAGUGAUGAAAUAACGAGCGAAUGGAGUAAAAAAAAA